UUUGUUUCCCUAUAACUAUCUUAAUUUGGAUGCGACAUGUCUCUUAGGCCUUUAAGAAUUGCAUACACUUAUUAACAUUUACAUAUAUAAGGUCUGCAGUUGCUCAUAUUGUGAUCAAACAUACAGCGAGCGAAGACUAAAGCAAUGAAGUUAUUAGGUUGGAUGCAUCGUAAGCUUCGUCAGACUAGUGGCGAAACACUCAAGGAAUUUUCCACUGGGCAGCCAUCAGUUGAUGAACAUCACUACUACACAAAGCCCAAUUAUUGCUCUAGGACCAAAAUACGGAGAGAAAACGUUCGUCGAAAAUCAUUUGCUGGCUUAGAAUUGGCAGGAGCAGAGGAUGACGAGCUUGGAGAAGAACCAUCUGCUUUUUCUGAACUCUUUCACGGUUUCCUUGCAAUCGGAACGCUUGGUUCUGACCCAAUUAUUGGCGAUCCAUCAACACCAAAAUUUUCCAUAUCUGUUGACAACAUAACCGAAAAGCAGAGUGAAGUAACAGAGAGUGAUUUAAGGCUGAUAAAUGAAGAGCUGGAAAAGGUCUUGGGAGCUGAGGGUAAUGAUGAUUCAUCUGGCAGGAACAGCCAUGCAAGUGGGGGUCGAAACAGCCAUGCGAGUGCAGCCCGAAGCAGCCAUGCAAGCACCAUUACUCUCAGUGGCAAACCCCUGGAAGGCACUGAUAGCAGUGUAAACGGAACAAUAAUAUGUCCACUUCAGGGCUAUCUUUUAGGGACAGCAGUGGCCACGGCAGAAACAACAGUCCCAAAGAAGGAGAACAGGACAUCGCUCGGGGAGCUGUUUGAGAAAACUAAAAUGCCUGAGGAAUACUCUGGAAUUAAACAUGACAGAGGAGAAAAGAAAGCUGAUAAGGAAUCUGACAAAUCUGCUGUGCAGCUUAUGAAAAAAAUACUCAAGAAAAAAAUCAUCCAUGCUUCUUCUAGGAGUUGGACAGCAUCUUCUGGAGGAUCCACUGAUUCUGUUUCAGCUGACAAGAAAUUGCCCAAGAUCCUGCACAUGUUCCACAGGAAAGUCCAUCCGGAGAACUCUGUGCCAAGAGGAAAAUCCGACAAGUUACAAAAAGAUGAUGAUGAUCUGAAGAAUGACAUGAACGAAGAAGGUGAUAAUGAUGCAAACCAAAGGCUGUCAGAAGAAGAUAUUGUGAUUUAUCCGCGAAGGGGUCUGUCAAAGAAGAGCCACUCUUACCCACACCAAGGCAUACUCGAUUCAAGUGUCAACAAGGAGCACUGGAUCAAAACAGACACAGACUACUUGGUUUUGGAGCUGUAGAAGGCAGAAGAGUCGUUUGAAGAUGAGACUGGACUGUUAAAUUAUAAGAUAUUACUGCAUGCAAGACUCUCCUUAUUAGUAACUUUGUGAAAUUUGAUAUCAAUACUUGAUUGAGUGUAUUUUUCUUUUCUUUUCUUGGCUUGAAACAAACCUAAGAAUAAAAGAGGUUUCCGUUUCCUCUCAAUGUAAAAUUAUAAAGGCUACUCAUCUGAGAUUGUUGUGUUUGUAA